AUAUUACCAGCGCGCCUAUAUAUUCUACCUGUGUUUUUCUAAUUCACUUGUCUUCCCCUGAUAUUUCUCCUAAUACUUUCCACGUUAUAGUUUAUCUCUCUCUUUCUCUCUAGGUUGGUCUGAGAUAUGGUUAAGUCUCAAAGCUUUGAGAAGGUGGGACUGAAGAAAGGGCCAUGGACUCCUGAAGAAGACCAGAAGCUUUUGGCUUACAUCGAAGAGCAUGGGCAUGGAAGCUGGCGAGCCUUGCCUGCCGAAGCUGGGCUUCGAAGAUGCGGGAAGAGCUGUAGACUCAGGUGGACCAACUACCUUCGGCCAGAUAUCAAGAGAGGAAAGUUUAAUUUGCAGGAAGAACAAUCAAUCAUUCAGCUGCAUGCUCUUCUUGGAAACAGGUGGUCAGCCAUUGCUGCUCACUUGCCGAAAAGAACCGAUAACGAGAUCAAGAAUUACUGGAACACACAUCUAAAGAAAAGAUUAGAUAAAAUGGGCAUUGAUCCUGUGACACACAAGCCAAAAGUUGAUUCUUUCGGCUCAGGGAGUGGUCAUUCCAAUGGUGCUGCCACUUUAAGCCACAUGGCUCAAUGGGAGAGUGCUCGACUAGAGGCCGAAGCCAGAUUUGUUCGUGAGUCAAAGUUAAGUGUACCUAUUCCUCCCAAAAAAUUACUAGGCUCUGCAGUUUCAGCUCAAGUCUCCAGCAAAGGUGGUGCAGCUCCAACAGCAAGACCACAGUGUCUUGAUGUACUCAAAGCAUGGCAAGGGGUCGUUUUCAGCAUGUUCUCGGUAGGCAGCAGUGGCUCUCUCGAGUCUCCAACAUCCACAUUGAAUUUCUCAGAAAAUGCACUAGCCAUCCCACUCGUUGGAGUUCGGAAAAAUCCAACCACCACACUAGCUUUUGCCACAAAUAAUGCUACAUGCAACAGAGAGGCAACGGCCAGUGAAUUUGAUAGGGGAAACCAGUUGGAGUGCUUUGAGAAACUGAAAGAAACAGCACAAGUGAAACGAAAUUUGGAUAGUUCAAUGGCAAUUCAUGAUAUAAGCCCGUAUGCCAGCGAUCAUAAUGCUUGGUUUGUUGACUCUUCAGCGAAUGAAAACGCGCCUAUGGGGAAUAUCAUUGAUGGAUCAAUCUGUUGGAUGCUUCUCCAACUGGGUCAUCUGUAUUUUGAUCAUCUAACUAUUGCUACUUCUAAAGCCUAAUUGUAGGGUUUGACUGAGGGACUCGUAAUGGUUAAUUUCAAUAUUGCAUCAAGUGUAACAUUAGAUCUUUAUAAAUAAAGGUUCUUUAAA